ACUUAUCGGUUACUGUUUUCCCCCAAGAGCAACUGCCAGAGCUCACGCCACAAAACUUUCCACCGGCCACUUUUCCCGGCACCGAAUACGUCGCCGUUUCUAUGUCUUCGUUACUGAACUCCGUAUCCUCCGUCGGAAUAUCUAGAGCCAGCUCCGGCGAUCGUGUCAGAGCCUACGUUCCGAGUCGGAGUCCGGUUUCCGUCGAGUUCACUCGCCGGCGCUCUCUUUGGUCGACGGAGGAAUUCGAAGCUUCGCGGCGGAGAUUGUCGGUGCGAGCGGUGGAGACUGAUACGGACGAAGGCAAAUCUCAGGCACCGGACAAGGCGCCUGCCAGUGGUUCGAGCAUCAACCAACUUCUUGGAAUCAAAGGAGCUGCUCAAGAAACUAAUAAAUGGAAGAUUCGUCUUCAGCUUACGAAACCAGUCACUUGGCCUCCAUUGGUGUGGGGAGUGGUCUGUGGGGCUGCUGCUUCAGGGAACUUCCACUGGACUCCUGAGGAUGUUGCCAAGUCAAUUGUUUGUAUGUUAAUGUCUGGGCCAUGUCUUACUGGCUACACACAGACGAUCAAUGACUGGUAUGAUCGAGAGAUAGAUGCAAUUAAUGAGCCCUAUCGUCCUAUUCCAUCUGGAGCAAUAGCAGAGGGAGAGGUUAUUACCCAAAUCUGGGUGCUACUUUUGGCAGGUCUCGGGUUGGCUGGACUUUUAGACGUGUGGGCAGGGCAUGACUUUCCGACGGUCUUCUAUCUUGCUUUGGGUGGAUCCUUGCUGUCCUAUAUAUAUUCUGCUCCACCUCUGAAGCUGAAACAAAAUGGUUGGGUUGGAAAUUUUGCACUCGGAGCGAGUUAUAUCAGCUUGCCAUGGUGGGCUGGCCAAGCAUUGUUUGGAACCCUUACACCAGACGUCGUUGUCCUCACACUCUUGUACAGCAUAGCCGGGUUGGGUAUAGCCAUUGUUAACGACUUCAAAAGUGUUGAAGGAGACAGGGCAUUAGGGCUUCAGUCUCUACCAGUGGCUUUUGGCACUGAAACUGCUAAAUGGAUAUGCGUUGGUGCUAUAGAUAUAACUCAGCUGUCUAUUGCUGGCUAUCUGCUUGCAUCUGGUAAACCGUAUUAUGCGCUAGCGCUGCUUGCUCUAACACUGCCUCAAGUUUUCUUCCAGUUCAAGUACUUUCUCAAGGACCCUGUCCAAUACGACGUGAAGUACCAGGCAAGCGCGCAACCAUUCCUAGUGCUUGGAAUAUUCGUGACCGCAUUGGCGACGAGCCACUGAGUGAAGAUCCUGAACCUGUGAGGUACGCUUCUCAGAUGGUAAAAAGUUAAAAUUUUGAGUUUGAUCAAAAAUAAAAAGGGGCUUUUUAAUCCGUAUGAUCGAAUGUUGUUGGCUCAACUAUAUAUAGCAUAUCCCUAAAUCUUUGUUUUUGUAUGUCAAAAUUGUAAUAUUUGUAACGUAGGUGUCUUUGUACAAGCUCUGACCUUAUGUUCCGGUAACAUAAUAUUAGUCUUUGGCAUAAAACGGUACCGUUUGUUUUUGUC